UACUGACUUCUGACAGACCAGAAAUCAAAUUGCUUAGACUGCAAAAAGGGAAAGGGACUGUUUGAAGGGAGAAGCUUCUUCCUUUUCUUUUCAAAACAGCAAACCGUCCCUUCUCGAGAAAAAAGAACAAAAGUUAAAAGAGGUGAACAGGAAAUUAGGUAUGUGAGGCUGUGAUGUGCAGAUGCAGGUCCACCACAUGACGUGGAUUUCCGCUUGACACGCUCUGUACUUGGCUGCACAGCGGGGCAGGGCCACACAACCACUGAAGAGCUGCUGCAGCAAGACAUGAUGGUGCUUUGAGGACUACUCUACCAUGCAGUCCACCAUGAAUUUCAAUGGACUUCCACGCCAGGGCAGCCAAGAGAAUUACAUCCUGGAUAAUACUCUGAGGAAGAAAUGCACCCUGUGGUACCGACGCUCGCUGAGGGGAAACAAUGACCGACACCGGAACAACACAGGCUCCCUGCCCAGCAUGUGCAAGCCCAAAUUAACCCACUCCAACUCACUGGUUGAUUACUCUGACCCACAAAGGACCACGAUCAUACUGGAAAAACAAGACAAUGAAACAUUUGGUUUUGAAAUUCAGACGUACGGCCUGCAGCUGAAGGACAGCUCUGCAGUGGAGAUGUGCACGUUUGUGCGCAAAGUGCAGGAGGACAGCGCUGCCGAGGGUGCUGGCCUGACCACAGGAGAUGUUAUCAUCACUAUAAACGGGGUCAGCAUCGAAGGAUCAUCUCAUCAGCACAUACUAGAUCUGAUCAGAGAAUCCACCAACAAUCUGAAGAUGGAGACUGUAUGUGGGAAUGUAGUGAAGCAGAUCGAGCUAGAGAAGAGGAUGAACCUGCUUAAGCAAUCACUACGUGAGAAAUUGGUGGAGCUGCAGGCCCUGACAUUACAGGAAAAGCGUCUAAUGCGAGGUAAUUUGAACAACAGCAGCCUCCACCUCUCUCUGGACUCCUCAGCAAGUCUGAGCUCCCCCAUAGGCCGCUGUGGCCGCCGUUUCUCUAGUGACAGCAGCUACAGGAGCGCGAUGACAGACGACAGUGACCAGGCUAGCGUGUUUGACGACCUGCGCUCUCCCAGCCCGUGCAGUGCACCCAGCACCACAACAGACGACGACGACGGAUGCUUCUUCCCCAAAGAUUUCCCCUCACAGGACGGCUCCCGCAGGUUCUCCUCCAGCUCCAGCCGUCACCACAAAUCCCUCAACCGCUGCAGCAGCUCCAGCUUGGCCGACAGCAGCAGCUCCCUCUCUCCUUCCUGGGAGGAAACGAGGAUCACCUCCUUGUUUGGUACCCUGCCCCGUAAAAGCAGGAGAGCAAGUGUUCGCAAACACAUCCUGAAGUUACUCCCUGGACUCCAGCGAUCAGUUGAGGAGGAGGAGACGGGAGCAAAUACUCAGUGACUUUACAUGCAUCCUUGUGUCUACUUUAUACUAAGGGUUAACAAGGUUUCUCAUGCUCUUGGUGCAGAAAGCAAUAUACACUGUAAUGAAGUGUUUCCCCACUCUUCAAGUUGGGUUAACCCUUUAAAAAGAAAGUGUUUUUGCCUUCAUGGGAACACAGAGACAACAGACAUUUUGGCACUUAAUGUCAAAGUUGACCCAAGAGGCUCGUAAGCCUUAAAGACUUGUGGUGGCACAAAAAGCAUUAUGAAAGUAUUGUAAAUGAAUGUAUGAAUACAAGAUUGUACUGUAUAUAGAUGAGAGAUUAUGUAUCCUACUAGCUUGAAUAAAAAACUGCAUUAAUCAGAACAGUCUGAACUGCAGCAGCUGUCCUCAUGUAGCACCUUGGAUUUCAAACCAACCAUUCAUUUUUUUUCCGGUCGAGCGACGUUUAAACAGUAUACCUCAGUAUAUCUCACGUUCACGUUGAGUACCAAAACCAAAGCGCUCAGUAUAGAUGUCUGCUCAGCUCAUAACAGGAUGUGGGUACAACAGGUACAACUGAACUGUUUUCAUUUCCAACAUUAUUUUCAAGCUGUGAACAACUGAAACUGUUUUUUGUAAAUGUACUUAAAUGUGACUGUUUCACUUUCAGUAGCGAAAAAAAUACAUUUUUACAGAAUGGCAUGAUUUAUUUUUUGGUAUCAAAUCAAGAAAAUCUGUAUGCAAAGGUCUUUUUUAAAAAAAAAAGAUAAUAAACUUAUGAAGUCUUACAAACCCA